UUGGCAUCUACUAGGCAUGGCUGCCCAUCCGAAUCGUGUGGGUGGGUGUCAAGUAGCACGCUUAUUAGAGGGGCCUUGGGUUGGCACUCGCUCACGGCUCACGGCUCACAGGCCGGUCUCGCCGAAGCAGCAUCGUAAUCUGGAUCCAAAGCGUCGAGUCCUGUGCCAUUCGAGAAAGAACUGUGCCCCGUCCGUCUCGCUUGAGGAUCGUGACGAUACCGGAGUCCCCCGCGCUCCGAGGGGAGUGGUUCUCAGAUGGGGCACGAGGAGUGUGGCGAAAGCACGGCUGAAGGAAGCUCAACCUUAGAGCUUUCCCGAGGACCAACGGAGCGUGGAGGCCUGGCCGGCGAAGAGCGUGCCGUUGCGAAGCCUUGGGAUGGGUGGC